AUGGUUACAAUAGUUGAAGAUCUUAGUGAACAUUCAAGCAUAUCGGUAGAGAUGGAAGGAUCGGUUCCGAAACCGAGUACCAAAAUCGAGUCAAGUCACGAUGUUUUGCUAGAUUUGAAGCUCUCAAACCAUGCCAGAAAUGGUGACGACGUUGACACUAAGGUGCGACGCGCAUCGAAGAUCGAACUCGAUCUUUUCGCCCCGAGGAACCCUAUUACUUCCCAUGAUGAUCAGAAAAGCAAGGGGUUCUCGUGUAACUUUUGCAAGAGAGUUUUCUCCACAUCCCAAGCCUUGGGGGGACACCAAAACGCUCACAAGCAAGAACGAGCGUUAGCCAAAAGGCGUCACCAAGGGCUCAUCGAAGUGAACCCAUCUCGCAAUUUCGGUCUCCCAGACUUUGCCUAUCAUCCGUUUUCGACCUAUUCUUUGAAUCCUUUUCAUGGAUCUUUCAACAGAUCACCCCUUGGGGUUCAAUUCAACUCGAUGGUUCGUAAACCAAUGCACCCAUGGUCACCGUCCUCGUCCCGACCGUAUCAUCUUCCCCAUGGUAAUUGGUCGUCUAGGCAACCACUAAUGAGCUUUUCACAACCAAAUCUAUGCUUUAACAGUGGAGGGCCUUCAAGUAGUGAAAACCGCUGCCUUGGCGAGAAUUUUCAAGCGAAUGUUGGUGCAAGUGCAAGUGCAAGCACAUCUUUGGGAACUGAUAAUCAAUACAAGGAUGGUUCAGGAAUUGAUUUAUCCCUUAAGCUUUAG